UGCUUAUUUGUCUGCCUAUUAACUCUCAAAAGCUGCCAUGAAUGCGGACACAAGGAUUCUGGCCAAGAAGUACCCAGGUGUCUGCAUCAAUUGUGUCUGCCCUGGAUAUGUCAAAACUGAUGUAAACUAUUAUACAGGAAUCCUGAGUGUUGAAGAAGGUGCUGAAGGUCCAGUUAGAUUGGCUUUGCUGCCCCAUGGUGGCCCAUCUGGUCUCCUCUUCGAGCAAUUGGAGGAAGAAGAAUUCUGAUGAGAUUGUGGGAAAGUUGAUGUUUUUCCUGUGUUUGUAGCUUGUGAUUCAUCUCUAAUCUCAAAUCAAAUUUCAAAAGUACAUUAACAGUAUGAUGUUGAUCCAAAGAAUAAUUAGUCUGUGAUUAU